AGGAUUGUUUUCUAGGGAUAAAAGGCAGCCGGCCUGCAUUGUCCAGACUUCCUAUACAUUAAAUAGACAUUUAAAACUGAUCCAAUCCAUGCAUGCAAUUAUGCAUUGUUGUUCUCUUUGUAGUUUUAAACUUUAGAACUCUUAAGAUCGACGCCCUCAAAAUGUAAUUAAAAAUACGGUUAAUGAAAAAGGAGAGGGAAUGAAUUCAGGGCAAAUAACAAUGACGGGAAAUUGAAUUUGAUUUAGAAAUAAUAUUUAAUGAUUUGAACAAUAUGGAGGUGAAACUGUUUUCGAUGCUAGUUUUUAUGUGGUAAACCGAGACAAAGCAAUGAAUGUAGAGGAUUCCCUGGAGCAGAUAAGAUUGGGCAGCGGUGACGACACUCUUUCAAAGCAGCAUCGGCCCAAUGACAAAUUUAGAAACCUAACAUCAGCUUUACGUGAGCGUUGGCUCCACUCAGCGCCCCGCCCAGACAUGGGAAAAACAAUCUCCCCUCACCGCCUCCCCCUACAUAUUAUCCGGAGGAACCUCCAAAACAGGGAGACAUGCAGUGCGCAUGCGUCACUCAGAAACUGGACGAGUGAGGAAAAAGAAAGUAAAAGACAAAGGUGGCAGAAAGAUUUUGAAAAUAAAUGGAAGAAUGAAAUAGUCAAAAGGAAUGCCUCAUUUCAGCAUCGCCUGCCCUACUGCCGUAGUGUUCAUAUCCCCCCCGUUCCAGUACGACAGCUGUCCGCUAGCUCUAACGUGGACACCCAGCCCUUCUUCUACACCAGCGACUCUCCCCGCCCCCGCUCACAGAAGGAGAGGGAACGAGUCAGUCGACACUUCAUCCACCCCCAGUGGAAAUCGGAAACUAUCUCAUGGGUUAGAUUUGAUCAACCAAAGACAAGGAAAAUUGAUCGGUUUAGCUUAUUCUGAGCCAUUUUGGACUACCAGUAAAUUCUGACCAGUUGACAUUGCUUUUACAUGGCUCUGGAAACAUUUCAAGUUACCUCCCUCUUUAAAUUCUACAAAGGAGUCCAUCUUCAUCUUCUCAGUAAAUUUGGUCACUUUAAUA